GUAGACUAUGUCGUGCGCGUUGCGGUUCGCUUUUUGUGUCAGUUGGACGGGAAAGAUUCACUGAAUCUUGGUUUCAGUUGUUUAACAAAUUAUCAUUACAUAGAGAGAAGAUUGCAAUGUAGCAGAGUUGAAGUCUAUCACCUGCUUCAAGAUUUUAUGCUUUUUAGUGACCGCCUUGACAAACCGAAACAAGAAUCUCUGGCAAAGCUUUUUGAAGUUAUUGAAUAUAAUGUUCUUGUCCUCUCAGAAUGUCCCCACCUUCUGCAUUCAUGUUUACGAGGCAUCUUAAACGUCCCGGAUUCACCAUCUCCUUGGCUUGAAUAUAACCGAUCAAAAUCCGCUGAUUUAGUUGCAGUUCCCAUCACUUACACUGCUCAUAUUUUCUGCAUUGCCAUGUCGUCUGAUGAAGGGACAGUGGCUGGUGCACUUGGUCGGUCUCUCGUACUCUUUGACGCUUCGACCGGACGGAGAAAGAGUAGGCCUUUUGUGAUUAGUAGAGAUACUAUUACGCAUGUAACCGAUUUGAAAUUUCUUCACGGCGAUCAGUUCAUAUAUUUUGGAUGCCCUUACAGACUGUUUUCAGUUGAACGAGGACGUGUGGAGGAAUGUCUGCCAUUAUUAGACAACCGUAACUCGGAGAGUUCGCUGAUGGAACGCGUCAAAUCAAGAGAAACGAUACAGGGUCCAUCUCCUUGCAAAAACAGGCUUUGUCUUGCAAAUUUGUUGGCUUUGUUCACUAUGAGGGAAAUUAAGAGAAUUUCAGAUGGUGAGAUAACUUUUUAUAUCCGUCUUAGGCCUCCAUGCGCUUAUGAGUGUUUUAUAACUGAAAUUAUAAGAAAUUCGAUGAGAGAGCAUUCCUGGAAAAGUAUGCGUCAAAGAAUCAUUAAACUUUACGUGGGCUUUUAUCGGUAUCAGGGUUGGGAUCUUCGGAAUGAAAUGCCCGUGCUGCUACAUAAAAAGUUCACUAAAGUGUCCGCAAUGGAUAUAGAUGCAUACCCCGAGUCUCUACUUUAUGAGAAAUAUGGAGUUGAACGCUCUGACUACGCUAAAUCAUCACCACCUCAUUUUGAAUCAGUAGCGGUAAGAGAGUCGAUCGCGGCGGUAUUCUUUUCAAUCAACGUAGUUGUAACUGUUGCCUCUAACGGACAUGUGACGUUUUGGAAUGUUACCGAGAAAAGAGAAAAAAUUGCCUUUAAAUUGUCCCCAAAAAUUAGUAAGUUUGGUGAUCCGAUCAGCUCCGUGAAGUCUUGUGUGUUUUCCCCAAGCGGACAGCUGAUUGCCAUUCACCACGGAAACAACGUGGAACUAUAUUGCCUGGAGGGAAGUGGUAUUGUUGAGUUCCUGUGCACGGUAUUUUUAACAGAUUGCAAAGACGUUGUUUCAAACAUAACGUUUUCAUCAGACAGCUCCUCCCUUCUCUUCUGUGUCAAGAAUUUUAGAGAUGAUUUGAGUUGCUUCGUAUGGGAUGUGACAGGGAAAUGUACAAUAGGAAAAGUGAAGUCGAAAACAUUACUCGCCAUUGAAUCUUGUUGUACUCUGUCACACAAACGAGAGCUUAUUCUGUGUGGGGAGUAUCAGAUUGAGGUCUGGAAAUACGAUGAAGAUCCUAGUCGCCUUUUGACCAGACUUGGAGUUGAGAAGCCUUACCAAUCUGUCGAGUUCCGUCAGUGCUCUGUUUCGUUGAACGAUAAAUUUUUAAUUUGUUGCAUCGCCAACAGAAUUCUUUUGUACAAUCUUCGUGCUUCUCAAAUCAAUUCCUCAAAGCUUGUUCUCUGCGGCCAUCUAGGUAGAAUUGAUUUUUGCCAAUUUCUUAAGGAAAACCGUUAUCUCAUUUCCUAUGGUAUCGAUGGUAUGGUCUUCCUGUGGGACAUAAACGAAUCUAAAGCGGUCGGAUUUGCAAAAAUAGCACAUGGUGACGAAAGAAUUACUAGCAUGGCGGUGUCUCCUGAAGAGAAUGAAGCUGUUUGUUUUGUUUCGUCUGGUCGAGUGUGCCUGAUAACACUCCGUGGGCUGUGCAUUGCGCUGCCUUUCAGAACUCCGCCGUCUUCGGUGAAAUAUAAUAAUGAAAAGGCAGAAACAAAUUUACAAUUUGUAGGAGCCAUGCCUACCGUGAUUUGAAUGUUUAAAUCCUGUUUUCAUUUUAAUCGUUUUGAAGUAAAACGUGAAGGAGCUCGUGCUAGGCCUUUACUUUCUGGAAACGGGAAAAAAAAGGACGGGGGAAAGUUUGAAAGAGAGGCUCUCGUUUCGCAGUCGUUUUCCUGGCA